AUGGCCGUCGCUCGUCGUUGGACUCAUCUCAUCCGAUUCAUCGCCAAGGAGGAUGGCAGGAUUCACCUUGGUCAGAUAGACGCCAAAAAGUUCCCAGAUGUCGGCCUCGCCGUGUUUGAGGGCCGCACUGUUGAUGCCAAGUGCAUCUCAGGGUCCGUCUACGACGGGCUUGUGACGGAUCGGACUUUACACGUUGCACAGCUCCUCCCACCUCUGUCCCUGGAGCAGAUCCCCAUCAUUCGCUGCUUGGGCCUCAACUACAGAGACCAUGCGAGGGAAGCCAACAUGGCCAUCCCGGACACGCCUGUUCUCUUCAUCAAGCCCAGGACCGCGCUCAACGGGCCGUAUCCCGCCAAGAUCAACAUCCCCAAGAUCGCCCAGGACGACACUGCCGACUACGAGGCGGAGCUGUCGGUCAUCAUCUCCAAGGAUUGCCGCGACGUGUCUAAAGAGGAGGCGUAUGACUACGUGCUAGGAUACACGGCCAGCAACGAUGUGAGCGCCAGGGCACAGCAGCUCAAGAACAGUCAGUGGUGUUUCGGAAAGGGUCUCGAUGGAUCCGCACCUAUUGGCCCGAUCCUAGUCUCCCCUGAGGUCAUUCCAGAUCCCCAUCAGUUAGAUGUCAAGGCUAUCCACAACUCCAACGUUGUCCAGGAUUCCAAUACUAGGGAGAUGAUCUUUGGCAUCGCAAAGACGAUCUCCUUCCUUUCCCAGGGCACUACUCUGGAACGGGGAACUGUCAUCAUGACAGGCACAGGUCCUGGAAUCGGCAUGGCUAAGCAGCCCAAGGUGGUUUUGCGGCACGGGGAUGAUAUGAGGGUCUUCAUUCAAGACAUUGGAACUCUGAUCAACGAAGUGUACUAUGAGUAG